AUGAGGUGCCUCCUGCUCGCCCUCUGCGUCGCCCUCGUGUGCGGCGCCCAGGACCUCUUCGUGCCCCAGACCGGGGAGGACCUGGACGUCCAGAAGAUGGCCGGGACCUGGUACUCCGUGGCCAUGGCGGCCAGCGACCUGGCCCUGCUCAGCACCCAGAGCGCCCCCCUGAGGCUGUACGUCCAGGAGCUGAGGCCCACGGCCCAGGCCGACAUGGAGCUCAUGAUGCACAGAUGGGAGGACGGCAGUUGUGUCCAGACCAAGAUCUUGGCGGAGAAAACCGAGGUCCCCACCGAGUUCAAGAUCAACAGCCUGGGGGACAGCAAGGUGCACGUGCUGGACACCGACUACGAGAACUUCGCCUUCCUGUGCCUGGAGAACGCCGGCCCCUCCAAGCAGAGCCUGGCCUGCCAGUACCUGGCCCGGACCCCGAAGGUGAACAAGGCGGCCAUGGAGCAGUUCAACGAGGCCAUGAAGCUGCUGCCCAUCCACAUCCAGAUGGUCUUCACCCCGGCCCACGUGGAAGAGAGGUGCCGUAUGUGA